AUGGCUUCUGAUCCGGUGCACCCGCUUCGCAUCCACAAAGCCACUCCCAACUCUUCACCAUUCAAGAUGACUGGCGGGGCGUCCCGUCCGCUAUCUGAAAUCUCUCCUAUGGAGAAGAGGCGAAACUCCCCGAGCUGGUACCAUCCUGCCACGUCGCCCAAGGUGAGUUGGUCUCUGGAAUGCAACAGCUCUAGGCGCGCCUCAUCACGUCCUCAAUCUGACACAGUAGUCCAGAAAUCCGGAGUCAGCACAGACUCAUCGCCAUUCCAGUCCUCCCCUCCCGAGGUCGCCACAUCGCCUCGCAUGUUUUGGCAGAACCGAAACUCCGAGAAUAAGCUCUUCGGUCGUUCAGGUUCUCCUUCACCAGUCCGACGGUCUUCCAUCGAACGUCUCCAGAAAGCCUCGCGCGUCAAGAACAGCAACAUCCUGGCUCUCGAACAGAAGCAGGAAUAUGACCCAACUAGGCUCCCACAGAUCGAGAGACCCCUUUCAAAGCUACAGGGGAGCCCGUUUCGCAACUCCUACUCGAGCGGCCUCCGCUCUCCAAACAGCAGUGAACGCACCUCUGUCGACUUCGAUCGGCCUCGCAGCUUGAUGAUGAGCCCCAAAUCCACCGUUGACGCCGCGAGCCCCUCGCCAUCGCCCACCAAGUCGUCCAUGUCCCCCACCAAGCUCAACCGCAGCUUCAACCAUGACUUGGCCCACUGGUCGGCCGAAAACGUGGCCGACCUUCGUCGGCUGCCCAACGGACACUCCCUGCACCGCCACGCCAAGAGCGUCACAUUUGACGCCGCUCCUCCCCAGGUCAACGAGUACGAGAUGGCCACUCCUGACCUCUCAUCCAUCGGCACAAAUUCGCGAGAAGGCAGCUACGAGUCCAUGGGAGACGACGACGACGAUGACGACGACGACGACGACGAUCUUCUCUACGACCCUGCGCGCAUCGAGCCGCACGAAGAGAGCUUUGAUGCCUCCCUCGAAGACACGAACAAGACGCCAGUCGUCGGCCCUGACGAGUGGCGGGGUGACAGCCCCAUGACCCAGCAGCAAGACCGCUGGGAUUCCAGCCCAAUGCCCCACGCCUCCCCCAUGGACAUCGAUACCCCGGAGACGCCCAGGGGACGCUCCGGCUCUGUAAGCUCCAAUGGCGAGCACCGUCCCCUGCCCCCUCUCCCCGACCUGACUGCUCCUCCAAGCCACGCCAGGAGCCAGUCUGGCGCUUCCUCACCCGCCUCGCCUGGUCUCUCUGCCACGGCCGAGAGGCUGCUCGGUUCCCACAGAAGCCUGCCUCCGCCGCCUCCCGCCUCUUCGACCACAAAGUCGGAUAUUCAGAGCAUUGGGAAUGGGCGCAUGACACUCGAGGAAAGGCUGAAGCUCAUGAUGUCGACUGAUGAUAACGGCAAGUCGGCUGCUGAGCUUCAGCGUGAGCGCCGUCUGCGACGUGCCAACGGUCGCGAGCGCUUCAGCAGCCCCAUAUCCGACCCUGAGGUCAGCGUCACCGACCUUGACGAGGCCACCGAGCAGCAUGAAGCGGAUGACACCGUCGGCGACAUAUCGGCACUGGACGAUUACCAGUUUCAGACCCGGAUCUCGCGGGAAUCCAUCAUGCGUCGCGUCAAUGGAAACAAGGACUUUGAGCGUGAGUCCGACUACAACUUCUCCUCGCCGGCUGGGACCCCCAGCCCUCGUCGCAGCCUGGCCAGGAACCCCGAGAGGCAGACACCCCUCGACCCUGAUGUGCCUAUCCCGUCCACUGAGGAAGCGCCUCUGGAUGAUAUUGACGAGGAUGACGAGGAAGACGAGGGGAGUGUAAUCAUCAACCGACCUGCCGAGGGCGAGUACGAUGACGAAGACACCUUUGAGGACUCGUACCUCUCUUCGGAAGUCGAUCUCCAAGACCGUGACCCGCGCCUCGAUGAGGACGACGGAAGCCACUACUCUGGGCAGAACUCCUUCGACAAGGAGGAGGAAGAGGGGGAGAUCACGAAUGCCACCACACCUGAGGCCGUAAAGGAAGCCGCUCCAGAGCAGGCGCGCACACCUGAGCCCGAGGAAAUCCACACGCUCCGUCCCACCACGCCUACCCACGAAUCUGGUCUUGGCCAGUCUCUCCCUGACCUCGGUCCUCACACAAGACAGUCGGACACUGCACGUGGACUCGAGUCGAACACCCUCUCCAAGACUCAGGAGGCUGGGGAGGCCGAGGAUGAAGUCCGGCCUAAGAGUCAAACCCCUCAAACCCCACGGACUCCCAUUUUCCAUGCUCCCAAGCCUGAGUAUGACGGCUCUGGAUGGGGUGAACCUGAUGAGGAAUAUGAGGAUUACUCUGAUGAAGAGGGCUCUGUCAUACACCACCACGUGUCGGAGGACGAGGACAGCAUCUUUGAGGAUGCCCCCGAAGAGGCCCCCGCUAUCCCUGAGAGGAUGGCAACUAUCAAGGCCUCUGGCUCCAAGCUCAAGACGCGUGUCUCCAACACACCCUCGGACCUGACAGCCAUGCGAGAGGCUCGUCGACAUGUCAGCCAGGAAAUUCCCGAAGUGCCGCCGAUCCCUCAGAAGCACCGCAGCAGGCUGUCUCGCGAGCCUGGGUCGGAUGACCCAACUUCGGACGGCGACGUAUACCUCGAGCGCCAUCCCAGCUUCAAGGGUCGCAGCCUGCAGCUCGACCUCGAUCUCGGUCUCAGCCUCGACCAGGAUUUCGAGAGGGUCAUUGAAGCACAGAAGCGCGGAUACCUCAUGCGCCAGAACACCAAGGUCGUGACGGCCACCGACAAGGAUGGCGAUGAGAGCCGCUUCUCUCACCUGAGCGCCAAUUCGGCCCCCGCCAAUAGGCCCCAAUCAUGGGUUGUUGAGCCGUGGAACAGCAAGGCUCGCAGGAGCAGCGUCAAGAAGCAGGCGCCGGCCAACAACACCGGUCCUGUGCCGCCGAUGCCCGGCCAGCAGAGCAACGCGACGGCCCUCAAGGGUGUCGUCGAGGAAGAGGAGCAGGCAGAGCCCGCCCUGCCGGAGACGGGCGAAAGGGGCCGCCUUUUCAUCAAGGUCAUGGGCGUGAAGGACCUGGACCUGCCGCUGCCCAAGAAUGAGCGGACGUUCUUCAGCCUCACGCUGGACAAUGGUGUCCACUGCGUCACCACGGCCUGGCUGGAGCUCGCACGCAACGCCCCCAUAGGCCAGGAAUUCGAGCUCGUGGUACCCAACGACCUCGAGUUCCAGCUGACGCUCAAUGUCAAGCUGGACAAGCCACCGCCUGUCAAGGUAAAUGCUUCGCCCGCCAAGAUGGCCAAGCCGAAGACAUCAACCUUUAGCCGCGUGUUUGCCUCACCCAAGAAGCGCAAGGAGCUCGAGAACCGCGCGCGGGAGGAGGAGGAGCGCUUCGCCCAGCAGCAGAGGGACGCGCAGGCGCGUCACCACAAUGCUGCGCCUACGGGCUACGAUCUCCUCUCUCCCCUGGCCGCCGAGGACGGUAGCUUCGCUCGCUCCUACGUGUGCCUCAAGGAGCACGAGCACCGUUGCUUUGGCCGCCCAUACAUGGCGGAGAUUGCCUGCUUCAACGAGUGGGCUACCGAGGAGGCGGCGUUUGCCUCGAGCGUGAAGAGCAAGCGUGGCAACACGGCCGUCGUCAGGCGUGCCCCCUACAAGGUUGGCAAGCUCGAGGUGCAGCUCCUCUUUGUCCCCCGUCCCAAGAACACGACGGAUGAUGACAUGCCCAAGAGCAUGAACUCGUGCAUCAGGGAGCUCAAGGCUGCUGAGGAGAGGCUCUCCCACAACUGGGAAGGUCAUCUCAGCCAGCAGGGUGGAGACUGUCCCUAUUGGCGUCGCCGCUACUUCAAGCUCGUCGGUGGAAAACUGACGGCUUACCACGAGUCGACUCGCCAGCCCCGCGCCUCGAUCAACCUGGCGAAUGCCAAGCGCCUUAUUGACGACCGUCAGAGUCUGACGGAGAAGGAGACUAUGAUCAAGGGCGGCAGGCGUCGUCGGUCGGCAUUUGCCGAGGAAGAGGAGGGCUACAUGUUUGUCGAGGAAGGCUUCCGGAUUCGGUUCAACAACGGUGAAGUCAUUGACUUUUACGCGGACACAGCCGAGGACAAGGAUGGCUGGAUGAAGGUGCUGUCCGAGGUCAUCGGGCGUGAAGACCACAGCAUGGAAGACGAUCCUGGCCGCCCUCGGUCGCGAGCCAAGUGGUGCGAGCUAGUCCUCAAGCGCGAGGAGCAGAUGCGUCGCCGUACAGAGUCACGCCGAGUUUCAAAUGGUCGGCGCGUUCCAUCAGGCCGUCGCGUAUCGGCAGGUCGCCGAGUGUCAGUAGGUCGGCGGGUACAUUCACGGACCAAGAGCAUGUUUAUGUGA